AUGUCGGAUUUUUUUCCCGAAGGAAUCAUCGUCAACAUCCUCAUAAGAUUGCCAGUCAAGCCCCUUAUUUGCUGCACGUGCGUUUCAAAAUCAUGGUAUACUCUAAUUACUAGCCCAGAAUUCAUUUCCGCACAUCUCAAUUUCGCCAUUUCUAGCAAUGAAGGUAUCCCUCUGCUUUUACUCAGGCGUUGCGUUAAAAAAAUUGAGCACUAUGAUUUGUAUUGUGAUGAUGUACUGUUUGAUAGACAUUUUACAUUGGAAUUCCCCUUUAGAAGCAUAAACCCGUUUUUCACAAUCAUUGGUAGCUGCAAUGGGUUGUUAUGUCUUUCUGAUGAUCGGGUAUUUUAUAUGAACACUAUAAUUAUUUGGAACCCCUGUGUAAAAAAGUCGGUUCUUCUUCCGAAGCCCAAUUUGGUAUAUAAUUCAUAUGGUAGUUUUAUGCAAUCGCUUGGAUUUGGGUUCGACCCCAUUGCUAAGGACUAUAAGGUGGUGAGGAUUACAUAUACAGAUUUUGAUGGUAGCCUGCCCCAGGUUGAGCUUUAUAGGUUGAGCAUGGGGGUGUGGGCAGACAUUAGUCAUUUGGCCCUUAAGUACAUUAUACAUAAUAGGUUGUGCCAGGCUUACAUAAAUGGGUCUACUCAUUGGAUUGCUCGUAACUUGGAUGGUAAUGAUUUGAUUUUGUUGUUUGAUAUGCAUUAUGAGGUGUUCCGGGAGAUGAUAUUACCGGCUCGUCUGGCAAGAGAUGAUUCUCAAAAAAGUAAGGAAUUGGUGAUCUAUAGGGAAUCACUUGCUCUUGUUUUGUGUAAUGAAUCCAGGGUCGAAUGUUGUGUAUGGGUGAUGAAGGAAUAUGGGGUCAUGGAGUCUUGGGCUAAACAAUUCAACAUCAAUUUACACGAUUUUGGCGGAGGAUUUAUGAAGCAGUUAUGGGUUAGAAAAGAUGGCGAGGUGUUAAUCAUUACAAAGGAUGGCUGUUUGGUUUCUUGUGAUCCACGUGGACGAGUUAAUUAUCUUGAUGUCCCUGGCUGUAGAUCUGAGGAAUAUCUAUGCUCUGUUCAUGUCGAUAGUUACACGAAGAGUCUGGUUCUUCUAGAGAAAGACCCUGAUUUCAGUGAUGCAGUCACAUUCAGUAAAUUACCAUCUUUGCAGAGUGAUGAUUGUAGUUCUGAUGGUAACUGUGGAAGCAGUUACAGGCAUAACCAUGAAGUUAAUCCGAGCAUAAGGCAAGGUAACCUAUUCCGUGCAUAG